AUGCUGAAGAGCUGUGAAGCGACGAAAUGGCCCGAAAGACCACGAUACACGCUGGACAUGCUCGGCUUCAGCUCCGAUGCCGUCGUCUACGAAGUUCUCAAGUUUCCGACGAAACAUGAGAACAUCUUCUUCAGACAAGGGCGUGAUGGCUUCCAACGACCGAGAAAGCUGCUUCUUGACUGUGACCCUGCAGAUCUUUUAAAGGUGAAAAACUCGAAGGGAGCAAUGGCGAGUCGCUCUAGAAAGCUGUUUUUCCUGAAUGUAGCUGAACCAAGCGGCGAACUUACGCUCAAGUGGGUUCCAUACGCUGGCCGAGAUGUAAGACGAAAACAGACGAGGAAAUCCGUUGCACGUGCGAUUUGUGAUGGAAACUCAAGCCCUGGAUAUUCGACCGACCGUGCUAAAACCUGUCAAGCUGAGAUUUACCCAGAUAUUCGCAAGUUCGGGGCUGUCAAAGUACCCAAAAAGAAGAAAACUCAAGUUAUCACGAAGAACCAGCGCUUUAAAAUUAGCUGUCAAAUAGAAAAGGCGAAGGUGAAUCCGAUAGUUGAAAUGUUACAAAAUGAUGUCCCGGUGACGAAGGGGUUGACCAAAAACUAUCGAUAUCGGAAAAAUGGAGUUACGCACAAGCUCACUUUUACUCCGAAAGGAGGCUUCGACGAGUCCUUCGAAGGCAACUGGACAUGCAGAGUUCACUUUUUAGACGAAGAAAAGAAGAUUACAAAAUACGAAGAGCAACUUUUUCUGAAAGAACUUUACGAAGAAUCUUCAACACCUGCACCAAUAAAUAAGUGCGAAAAACGUUGCGGCGAUGAUUUUUGUAACAAUAAUGGAAAAUGCUGCAUGGAUAACCUCUAUCAAGUCAAAAAGUGCGAGUGUGACAAAGGUCACUACGGGGAAAACUGCUCGAAACUCAAUGACGCGAGCAUAUCGAUUCUUGUUUCACUUGGCCUCGUACUUCUUAUGGGACUGAUCGUACUGAUAUGGAAAAAACACAAGUCACAACAACCAACCUCAGACAACAAUGAAAAUAAUGAUCCUCGUUCUAACCGUACUGACGAAACCUCAACUUGA